UGUGGCAGCAUAAUGAUUAUUGUUUAAAGGCGUGAUUUGUUCUUGAAAAACAAAAUUAUCAUGCAAGGAUUUUGAAUUUUGAAGUAAUCUUCGAUGACUUUUCUUUCUUUCAUGGAUAUGUUGCUGUCUACAAUACUACGAAGACAGUUAUUUGAAACCCAGUUGUUAAUGUUAUUAGUAUAUCACCAUUAAUUCUAAUCUAAGUCUCCAGGAUUUGUGUUCUUAUCAAAAAAAAUCAUCUCCAUAACAAAUCCUUUUUAUGGCUGAAAAAAAUAUUUUCUUUAUGUUUCAGCAAGAAAAAUAUGGUCGAAAGUAUAACCAUUGAUGUACUAAAUUGAUUUUACAACCUUUUCGAUUUUGUUUCUCGUCAACGAUAUCUUAUGAUGAAAAAGGAAAUUGUGUAAUUAACAUUACAAAAAUAAAACAAGAGCACACAGUUUACAUUGUUUAGAUUGUUGACAUAAAGACAUUCAGAGUAUAAACAAGAAGUAGAGAUCACGUGUAAGAGCAUCCUAAGUCUCUGGAGUUGUUUAAUAUAAAGAAGGUGACCGUUGGAAGCUAAGGAACAAAGCAAGAUCACAUGUGAGGAUAAGGAAGAGAGAGAUUGGCGAGAGGUCACUAUCACCUCACAUGCCCAAGCUCAACUUGUCUUAUUUGUCUCUAUUGUUUAUAGUUUCUUGUUUGUCUUAGUAUGGCAACUUGUAGUCUAUAUUAAAGACGUAACCAGGAACAAAAUGAAUUAAGGAAACGAGUUCCUCUUCUCUUUAGUCUUAUACGAUUCACUUUCUCUCUCAAUACUCUUCACCUUCUUCAUAAUUCUCAUAAUGACUUAAACAAAUCUGAUAAACUUUUAUGGUAUCAGAGCCACCUUGUUCUUGAGGCCUAAAACUUUUUCUUUCUUCCGCAAAUUCUCUGAGUUCUAAUUCUAUUUUUGGCAAAGUUCAUCUUGUUCUUGAUUCUUUGUUUCCAGAUUUUGCCAAAAAUAGUAAAGACCAUCCGAAACCUUUUCUUUUCUUUCUCUCAUGAUGGAUACCUUUGAGAACACAAAGAUGGUGAUGAUACCAGUCACACUCAAGGGUCCUAACUACCUGACAUGGGCAAGACUUGCCAAAACAGCUCUCGGAGACAGAGGUCUUUGGGAUAUUGUUGAAGAAGGCCGCCCCACCAAGAAGACUGUCCUAGGAGAUGAUGGCAAAGAGGUGGUGAUUGCGGAUGCUGGGGAGAAGAAGAAAGGUCAGGAGGACCUCAUGGUGCUGUCUAUCAUCCAGAAUAGCCUCGCCCCUUCUCUCCAAGAGGCUUAUGCCUUUUGUGAGACUUCCAAAGAGUUGUGGGAUACUCUUAAGAAGGUGUAUGCCAAUAAAUCCAACAUAAGCAAGGUGUAUGAAGUGAAAGGAGCCAUCAACUCCCUCAGUCAAGAGGACACAGACUUUGAUGCUCACUUUGGGAAGUUCCGGUCCCUAUGGGCUGAGCUAGAGAUGCUCAGGCCAGCCACUGUCGACCCAGAUGUUCUCCAUGAGAGGAGAGAGCAAGAUAAGGUCUUUGCCUUACUACUUACCCUUAACCCGGGGUAUGAUGACCUAAUCAGGCACAUACUGAGGAACAAGGAGCUUCCCUCCCUGGAUGAAGUGUGUGCUGAGAUUCAAAAGGAGCACGGCUCAGUAGGUCUAUUUAAGAAAAAGGGAGAGAUGGUGAUGGCCAAUCAAGCUGAAGGAGCCGAGAACAAACCUGCCGGAGUAGCCAACAAAGGAUACUACAAGCCGGAGGAUAAGAAGGUGUGGGUGUGUGACCACUGCAAGAAGAAGGGUCAUGGGAAGGACAGGUGUUGGAUCCUUCAACCCCAUCUCAAACCGGCCAAAUUCAGAACUGAAGGAAGGGCCAACUACUCAGGUGACAUUGGAGAGACAUCCAACCGCUCUCAAGCUGUUGAGGAGAAGAAGCAUGGCCAUGAUGACACCAUCAAGAAGUCUGACAUUGAGGCUCUCAUCAAAGCUCUUAAGGAGUCCGGAUAUUGAGACUCUUAAGUUGAUUGGCAAAGGUGUGACAAAGGGAGAUCUCUACCUUCUUAAAGACGCCAAGACUCCUUCUUAUUUAUCUUCAGCUUUUAGUUCAAUUCCUGUUUUAGAUCAUGAUGUAUUGUGGCAUGCUAGGCUAGGCCAUCCUCAUUCCCGUGCACUGAACUUGUUGUUACCUGAUAUUUCUUUUAAAAAUGAUGGCUGUGAAGCUUGUAUCCUUGGUAAACAUUGCAAGACAGUUUUCCCUAAGUCAUCUACAAUCUAUGAAAAUUGCUUUGAUCUUA